CCCUGAGCCAAAGGCAGAUGCUUAAUGACUGUGCCACCCAGGCGCCCCAUAGAAUUGAAAAUCUUAAAAUACACAAAAGCUAAAAAAAUACGAUUUUGAGUUUUAAGAAUUACAUAAAAAAAAGGGAGCCUAUCAGGAAGGGGCUGAGGCUGGGUCACCUUUAGGGCACCUGGAAGGAAGAGUUUGGCCCAGGCAACCAUGGCGUGAUGUGGUUCGAGAUAAUGCCUGGGAUCAGUAUUAUGGCUGUGUGCUUUGUCAGCCCCUGCAUAGCCAUUGUGCACAUCCACAGGUUCAGUAAUGGGGGCAAGCUGAAAAGGGUUUCCUAUUAUCCAUAUCAGUGGAGUUUGAUGAAGAGAGAUAGGCGUGUCUUUGGAGUUAAUCACUAUUAUGCGUCAAAGGAUUUGGAGAAUAUUGAUUAAGGAAGCAUUUUCCUGACUGAUGAAAAAUAACUGGGUUAUGCUCAUCUAUCUACCCUUUCUAGAAGGUUAUGCAGUGUAUUAAUGUAGUACACAAUAAAAACAAAAAAUUAAAAAAAAGAAUAAAAAAAGAAUUACAUAAAUGCAGUUCUAAUGGAAAACUGAACUUUCUGAAUGCUUGCACGGUUUUUGUUUAAUAAGUUUUUCCUGAUUGCAAAAAUCAAGUGUUUGAUAUGUUAGUCUCCUCUUAGAACAGGUGUUUGUAGAAAAAUUGGAAAAUUUCACAAAUACACAGAAGCAGAUAUAGUUACUCAUAUUUUUACUACCCAAAGAUACCACUAGUAAUAUUUGAUGUAGAUCCACCCAACUGGUUAUAGAGUUGCCCAGUUAAAUAUCCUUUGAAUGAAUGCUUACAAGUAAGGAGAAGGAGUAGUAGAAAUGUAGACAUAGUGUGAACCAAGUUUCAUUAAUCUCACUGCCUCUCAGGUGUUGCCAAAAGCUGAAGAGAGAGGCUUCUUCCCCGCCAACCCCAGGAUGGGAGAAGAGAGCUAUCUUGCCCUUUGGCUAGCCUUGGCUGAGGUGAGGCAGAGCAUCUUUCCUGCAGACUAUAGUCUGUCUGCCUAAGUCUUUUAGCAACUCUGUUAACGCUGAAUGUCUUCUGGUUGCAGAGGAAGACAGUUGGAGUUCUUGGUGGAGUAGCUUGUUGAAUAAGCCACAUCAGUUCUUCUUCUUCUUCUUUUUUUAUUUUUUAAGAUUUUAUUUAUUUGAGGGGGAAAAGAAAGCGAGCACGCAGGGUGGGUGAGAGUGCAAGAGCAGGGGGGAGCAGCAGGCAGAGGGAGAUGCAGACUCCCCGCUGGGCAGGGAGCCUGCCUUGGGCUCUGUCCCUGAACCCCAGGAUCAUGACCUGAGCUGAAGGCAGACACUUAACCAACUGAGCCACCCAGGCGCCCCUAAGCCACAUCAAUUCUUUUCAGCCCCCUAGAUUCUUUAAAUCGGCUCUUAGGCAAAAGAAUUUCCCAAUAUUCAGAAAUAGAGUCACCUUCAGGUUACUUGUACUAAGUGAAAACAAGGUGGAGUGGUUAGACACUCCCAGGUGAUUUCAGUUAACAUCUCACCUCAAAUCCAGUCGACUUGAUAAAAGAAAAAUCCGAAGGAGCUCAGGGCAGAUUAUGGUAUAAGCAUAUGCCAGUCCUCUCCUGUGGAAUAGGGAAGUGCUAAUCUGGUCAGAUCUGUUAAAGAGACAGGCAAGGCUUAGCAAAGCAGAAUUUUCUCAUCCUGCUCAUCUUUUGCCUUAGUGUGGAAGAAAGAUUUGUCCUGGGACGAAAGAGAGAAAGAAGGAAAGAUGGGCAGGUAGCUAGUAAUACAAGAUGGUUGGAUCUCUUUCUGUGUGCCUUGGCCUAUUAGUAAGCAGAUCUCUAGGUCUGAGAAACUAGCAAAGUGAAGUGACACACAGGACAACUUCCCCAGGCAGUGAUAACAACUUCUUGGUGUUCUGUGUGAAAAUACAAUGGUGACUUUGAUCCCAAGCCCUUAGUGAGAGGAAACCCAGGGAGAAGUAGGAGGAAGCAUAGCAUCCUUUGUAAACGUUUUAUUCUUGACAUGUAACAGACUCUGGCCUAGAGAAUUGUGUCAGCCUCUCCCUUCUGCCAGCUGUCUUUCAGGAGCGCCCUCCUGUGUUCUCCUGCACUGACCAGUUUAGGAGGUGUCAUUUCUGCCUGAGAAUUCUAAGAGCUUACACGCAGUGCUUGGUAUGAAGGAAUUGCUUUGGAAGAUGAAUAACCAUUGUGAUGAUAACUGCUAUAUGCAAAAGAGGGAGAUUGCUGGUUUUACAAGUCUAUGGUUUGAAUUCUUAGGUCUGGCAGGAAACCGAGCCCAUUCAGAUGGUUCUGGAGACUAAUGAAAGGAUUAUUUUCAGAGGAAUGCCGGAGUUAAGGGUGACAUGUUGCUCCUGUCAUCCAUGGAACCAGCCUCAAUGGAAAGCCAUUAUCACCACUAAGUCCAAAGGAGCAAACAGAAGAAAUAGCUUUACCGGAGUCCAGCGAGAAAGCUGGAGCUGCAGAGGUGGGCCCUGGAGGAUUCAGCCACUGCCUGAAUUUGUAGCCAACAGCAGAGAGAGAAUAAGGAAGCAAUACUCCCUCCCCCACUUUCUUUCCUCCCUCUCUCUUUGAUCUUCUUCCGGUGCCUUCAAUUGGCCAACCCCACCUGGAGGCCUGCUUGCUUUAACCCAGUGAUGCUUCCCAUAAAGGUCAAGUCUUUGUGGGCGUAGAGCAGGGCCAGAGUGGUAGAAAAUUGGUCUGGCGACGGGGAGAAGGCAUUCAAAUGGAGAGUUACUAGCACACCUUAGUAGCAUAUUCGUAAUUGCACUUUCAUCAUGUUAGCACAUCAUUCUCAGCUCCUGAAAUCCCAAAAUAAACCUUAAAGCAUGUAAACUAUUGAUUAUGACUCAGUUGUAUCUUUUAAUAUAAAUAGUCCAAGCAGUUAUCCUACCCUUAUCCAAUUAAUUAAAUAUUCAAAGAAAUAAUCUGAACAAUUCUCAGAAGAAUUGGAAAAUCACUGAAAGACCUUCUGUUGGGGCAUUUUGUUCUUGAUUAAAAUUAAACUAAGAUUUUUUAAAAAAUACGCAUGUGAACUGUACAAGUGUGACAUAUCCUAAAAUACAAAAAUUGUACUUUUAAUCACACAUUGGUGAAGGUAUUUUGUUGUUAGAAUUAAGCUGCAGGGGUGCCCUGGCUGGCUGAGUUCACAAAGCAUGCAACUCUUGAUCUGUGAUUUCAAGACCCUAUUGGGUGUACAGAUUGCUUAAAAUUUUUUUUUUUUUUUUUUUAAAAAACUGCAAAAGGAAAGUGGAACUUUUUUUUUUUGAGUCCCUCCAUAUUAUCCCUUCCAAUCUAUUUAACUAAGGUGGAUAAAUUGGCAUGAAGAUUCUUACUUAGCCAAUCUAGAAAUAUAAGAAAAGAUUUUAAGCUAUUAAAAGAGGGUCUAUUUUGAUCCAUGACUUUAUUGAGCACUUGGCUUUGAGAGAUGUAAAGAUAAAUAAGAUAGUUUGCUUCCCCAAACUUAAGACUAAACAGUGAAGAGAGGUCCACAUCCAACUAUAAUAAUCAGUGAUAAUAAAACAUCAGCGGUGGGAUCAGUAAGAGGGAGAAGGGGUUUAAUCUGUCUUUACCAGAGAUUCUUUCCAGUGGCUCACAAAUAUUUAUCAAAAAUUUACACUUACCGUGUUUUAGAAAUACAGAUGGUAAAAAUAUACCAAAAGGCCCUGAAUUCAAGUUGCUGGGGUCCGAGUGAGCCUUUUAGUACCUUUUCAUCAAGAGCAGCAAAUCUUUUGGUGGUUCCCCAAUGCUUCAACGAUGGCAUUCAAAACCCUUACCAGGUCCCUCCGCGGUCCUCUGAACUGGCCCCACCUAUAUCUCCAGUCUCCUCAGGUGCUCUGGCCUUUUAGUUCUUCAGUCAAGCCAUACUUACUAGAGUCUUUCCUCUUGAGAUUUCUUUUGCCUUGGAUGCCAGCUUCACCCUCAUCUUAGAACACCUUUUUUUGCCUCCUGGUCCCAGUUUAAAUGCUGCCUCUUCACAGGAUCCUUCCCUGACCUUCCAGAUAAAAUCCAGGGAUCUUAUUACUUGCUCUAAAACCUGUAUAUAAGCAGGCACUUUGCUCUUCUCCCUCAAACACUUGAAUUUAUUAGUGUAAAUGUUUGAUGGGUGUCUUUAUUACCAGAAAGUAAGUACUAUGAGAGCAGGAUACCUGUCUGUUUCACAGCUGUGUCUUCAGUACCAAGCAUGAUGUUUAAUGAUGGUGCUCAGUAAAUUGUAGAAAGAAGGAAAAAGAACUGGUUUUUAGCCCAAACCCCUACCACUCACCAGCUCGGUGGCUUUUGGUAUUUUGCUAAUUGGGAGUUAAUCUCUUCCUGUAAUAUGGGGAUAAUAAUGAUAAUGGCACUUAGUUUGUGCUAGGCACUGUGCUUUUGUUAUCUCCUCAAUUAAAACUUCGUCAGAAGUGAUGAAGGUGAAAUGACUUGCUUGAGAUCAAACAGUUCAUAAAUAGAAAACAGGAUUUAAAUCCUGAUCUGUUUGAUUUCAAAAACUGAUUGCUCUUCUCCAUACCUUUAUGUGAUUGUCUUGGGGGUAAAACCUGUAGGGGAGGUCUUUGAUACAGGCUUGUAGGAUGCUUGCCAGUUCUGAGGAUAUUGACAUUCAUGAAGAAGCAUGCUUAAACCACUUUUAGACAAUUGGAGUGCAGGAUUAACUCCAUUUAGAGAAAGUGUAAGUGACUUCUCCCCCUCCCCCGGGGUAAGUGACUUCUAAACUGACUCCUGAAGAAGUUAGCUGGGUCCGGAAGCAGAAUGUAGCAUAAAUGCCCCAAGGCAAGAGCUGGGGCCGGAGGGUGAAGAGCCUGGCAGUCUAGGCCAGGAAGUUGCUACUUGUUGUAAAACGCUGUAGGGAGACAUUGGUGAGUUUUAUUUAUUGAAAAUAUUUUGGAAGUAAGAAGUCCCAAUUUGGAGUCUCCUUUAGGGGCCAAAGUGUCCAUAGCCUUUCUCCUAUUUUGCAUCUCUGUAGCAAAGGAAGCAUUUUAGCUCUUGCAUUCCACUGUAGCACCCAACACAGUAGUGUUUGAAAAAGGAAUUAGCAGCGUGAGGUAAGGAGUGGGUGUUUAUGCUCAGUUGUUUGGUAUAAUUCUCUUGUUUGUUGUUGCUUUUCUGUGAGGGUAGGUAGCCUAGCCUAGAUAGAUAGCAGCCUCACACUAGUCGCUUCACUUCUAUAGCCUCAGUUUCUCAUUUGGAAAUUAGAGAUAAUGAAAAUGCCUACCUCAUAGGCAACAUCCACACAGUGCCUGGCACAAAAUAAGCUUUUGGGCAGUGUUAGCUCCUGCUGUUAUUAAUACAUAUUUCCUGUCCAUUCUGACCCAUGCCUCUUGAAUGAAUGUGCAUUGUUUAUUUAUCAAAGACAGGUUGACUGGGACACAGGAACUGACUUUUUUAAAUCAUGAUUUUAGUGUUUACAAAGAUAAUAAAAUUGUCAAUGAAAAAAAGACAAUGAAUCAUCUUACUGGGGUAGUCCUGGUGUUUCCUAGAUGUAUUUAUGAUGAAAUACAAAAUGUGAACAUGAGCUAAUACUUAUAGAACCCAUUGUGCAUGCCAGGGUUGUGCUUUCCAUGCAUUAUCCCUGGGAAGUAGGUUUGAUUGUUGUCUGCUUUACAGAUAAGGAAGUUGCGAUCUUUCUAAGGUGUUAACACCAGAGAACUGUAGAAGUAGACAUUAAACCAUGUGCUUCUCCAAACCAUUUUGUGCCUUUAGCAUUGUAAAGGGCUGACUUAUCUCCCAACAUUUCAUCAGCUCUGUUGGGAGGUAAAAAUGGGAACAGGGCUCUUAAUUGUUUUUCUAAUCUAUUGGAUUAAUUGGAAGCUCCAGGCAUAGUGUGCUGCCUAGUACAUAGUAGAGGCUGAAGAAAGGUGUAUUGACUAUAAAUCUUAAAUCAGAUUGAGUGAGAAAAAGAUGACCAAGAAAACCAGUAUUAGGGGCUGGCCCCAGCCUGUUUUCUACUACAAAAAAAAAAAAAAAGCAAACACCCAAAAAACAAAUCUGAGGUCACCAGAGAUUUUAUUAGCAUAGCAUGUUUACACAGACUAAUGGUUGGAGUCUGAGGUGACAAAUUUUUCUGUGUGUGUUGUAAGGGAUUAACUCCUGUCUGUAGAGUUGUUAUCUGCAGAAAUCUGUUUGCUUCCCACUAGGUGCCCCCCACUGCUCAAGAAGCUCCUGGCUCUGUCCUUGUGUUGGGCUAAUUAGUUUAGAUUCAGUGAAGAAAAACUAUGUGUAACAUUAAAAUAAACCAACCAUAAAUAGGAAGGUGUAGCUGCUGUCAUAACUCAUCACUAAUGUAUUUCAAAGCCAGAUCCAACUGAUAUUUGUAUUUUCCUUUAGCUCAGGUAAUUCAGAGUUGACUUACCAUUUAAUGGUAAUGAGGGGAGAAAGGAGACCUUGCAUAGAAGAGCAAGCAUGCUGCAUUUAAGUCUAGAAUUCCUCUCCCUCCCGCAUAAUAACAGAAACAAAAAAAUCUUAACUUUUUUUGGAGGAACUUCAUUAUGAUGAGGCAUUUAUUGGACAUAUCAAACCUCAAAGGUGGCCAGUCAGAAGGUAGUUUGAGGGGCGCCUGGGUGGCACAGCGGUUAAGCGUCUGCCUUCGGCUCAGGGCGUGAUCCCGGUGUUAUGGGAUCGAGCCCCACGUCAGGCCCCUCCGCUGCGAGCCUGCUUCUUCCUCUCCCACUCCCCCUGCUUGUGUUCCCUCUCUCGCUGGCUGUCUCUAUCUCUGUCAAACAAAUAAAUAAAAUCUUAAAAAAAAAAAAAAAAGAAGGUAGUUUGAUUACUAAGCAUCCUUUUUAUGAUUUAUCAUGUUAUACCACAAAAUGAAGAUACUUAAAGAGAUAAUUGUGUGAUUUACUAUAGAAGUAGUUUAUGUAGAAAUUUUAAAGUGUAAAACAUUAAAAGACUAUGAUAAGAGCCAGUGUCCAGACCUUGGUUUCUAAUUCCAUUCUCCAGUGAAAGGAACCAGACAUGACUUAAUUCUAUGGCUCGGGCAGGGAAUAAACAAGAUGAGCCUGGAGCAUCUUCUAAUGCCAGAAAGCACGAAAGUGCUAAAACAAAACAAAACAAAACACAAAACACAGGGCUACUAGUAAGGUAUAUCAAACGAACACAGGAGCCUGAAAGAGCUCCUAGUGGGUGAAAGCUUGGACAAUUUAAACAACUAAAUAAUAUAAUUUUAAAUUACAACCCAAUAUAUAAAAUAAAUGUAAAUAAAAGAUACAAUAUACAUAUAACAUAGAGCAUAAUAGUGUUAACAUAAAUAUGUAAAAGUAUAAUAGAAUAUUAACAUAAAAGGAAUAUCUCCGUGUCCAUACGGAUGUAAAUAAAUGAUUGGAUAGGUAAGCAAAUAGGAAAGAAUAGAUAAAAUCUUCCAUGUAUAGAAGAAUUCCAAAUGAUUUAUGUCAAUAAUCCUCCAAAAGGAGGUGAAACAUAACUGUCCAUCCCUUAAAUGUGGGCUGUGCUUAGUGACCUCCUUUUAAAGAAGAUAGUAUGGAAAGGGGGGAAAACAACUUUAUACAGUGGAGAAACUUGACAGACACUACCCCAGCCAGAUGAUCAAGUCAGCAUGAACAAUGAUAAAUGUACACUUGAUAUGAUGUUAUGAGAAUGGCACUUUAUCUCUGUGGUCUUCCUCCUCAAAUCUGAUAAUCCCAUUAUAAUCAUGAGAAGACCACUGGACAAUUGAGACCUUCUAUAAAAUAUCGAACUAGUACUUGUCAAAACUGCUGUCAAUGUCAUAAAAAAGGAGUCAGAGAAACUGUCAUGGUCUCAAAGAGGAGUACAGAGAUAUGACAACUAAAUGUAAUGUGAUAUCCUGGGUGGGAUUCUGGGACAGAACAGGGCAUUAGGCAAAAACUAAGGAAAUCUGAAUAAAGUACGGACUUCAGUUAAGAAUAACAGGUCAGUAUUGGUUCAUUAGUUGUGACAAAUGUAGCAUACUAACGGGAGAGGUUAGCAAUAGGGGAAACGGGGUGGAGGGUAGAUAGGAACAAUGUGUAGUCUUCACAACCUCUCUGUAAACUUGGCAUCAUUCUAGAAUGAAAAGCUUAUUUUUACAAAAAGACGAUGGCAAGGACAAGAGUCUGUAGUUCAAGUUUAAUUUUCAUCAUGCUGGGAGCCUGAAGUAAAUAAAAGCCCUUGGUGUCCUCAGCUGAUUAUGGUAUAAAGUGGGGCAACCUUGCUGUCAUCUUGUAAAGCCAUGACAGUUUGCAGAAUCAGAGAAUGCAGGAAUUUUAAAUGUUCUCCUGUGGAAUUUCCUACCGGCAUGACUUUUUUUCCCCUUUGCUUUUGCCCCGUAGCAGUCCCUUGAGUGGCAUUUGCUGUCCUAGUUAAUCAGAGGGUAGGAGAAAUGAAAAACUCUCCUCUUCCCCCUCCUAUGAAGUUUCAAUGGGCCCUGGAAAUGUAGGUCAAAUUGCAUCACUGUAGAAAGGAGCGAACAGGAAGGUAUUUAUGAAGUGCUGCCAGCCUCUCUUUAGAUUCCGAGUUAUGAUGAGCCAGUGUUGAGCCAGCUUAGGUGUGAGAUACAUGGAAUCAGAGAGUCAUGUUUUUGAUGUAGUCCCAGAAUGUUACAUUUAAUCAGUGAUAAAAAGAUUUCUGUGUAAAGCCCUAGUGAGAAUAACUUGUACUGGCUUUGUUUAAUUUGCAUCUCCCAGCUUCUGGAAUUCUUUUUGUCUCUUAUUUAUUAUUGGUAUAUUGCAGCAAUUUAUAUUAAUUUAGCCAGAGAGAUGUUUGAAUUGUAGAAACUAUUGCCAUGUGUACAUUAAAAAAAAAACAACAACUCUUGUUUGGUAAUCACAUAAGUUUAAUAAUGUAUUUUGUAAAUUACACAUAAUCAUAUGCGCAGUGUGAUCUUCAUUAGCAUACAGAAAUCACAAAAUAUGUUUUUUUAUUUUUAAGUUAGGUUUCAGGUACGCCGUCCCAUGGCUUUCUACCUUUUUUUUUUUCUUGGCUUUCUAUUU